UUUUUUUGCUUUUUGGAGUGUCAUAGUUUUGGACACCAUUCACUUGCAUUGUAUAGACCUAAAGAGCUGAGAUAUUCUUCUAACAAUCUUUGUGUUCUGCAGAAGAAAGAGAGUCAUACACAGCUGGGAUGUAUGAGGGAGUGAUGCCAAACACCAACUGGCUGUGAGGGAGAGUGGAAAGAAGCAAUCAUCUGAGUGGUGAUUUUUCGAGUCGCGACGCGCACAGUCCAAACAAAAAUUGGGAUAAAGAAAAGAGGGAGGAGGAGAAGAAAAAGAAACAAAGUGAGGGGAAACAACUCCUCACAAAUUUCUUUCCAAAGAGAGCAGUGUAGACAAGUGGAAGAGGUGGAAAAUGGAGGAUUUCCCCAUCCGGACACUGGAGGCUGUGUGUUUGGGUUCGAGUGUGGCUCUCUCUGGUCUCUUUUUCUACAUUUACAGGAAGAAAUGCAAAACUGUGGACAAGCUUAAUGAAGCUCCACAACUACCACUGGAUGAGAAGCUAGCAGAUCUUUUGAAUGCCACUCCGGGGAAGUGUCUGCAGUAUGUGGUCAUCGAGGGUACAGUGCAGCCUAUAGGGGAACCUUUAAGGAGUCAGUUUCAGGAAGGAAGUGUUGGUGUCAUCCAGAAACUACUCCUUCGGGAACAUAAACUGGUGUGGAACAGUUUGGCACGCACUUGGACAGACAGUGAGCGUGUCCUUCACCAGCGUGUGAAUGCUGUGCCCUUUAACCUGCUUGGCGUGAACAAUGCAUUUGUGCGUGUGCUCUGCCCCCUGGAGGCCACUGGUCCCAAGAUGGAAAUCGUGCACGAGAAGUUCCACCAGGCCAGUUACGGCUUCACAGACUUGAUCGGUCAGUACCUGAGCGGAGAGAAGCCCAAAGGUCAACUGGAAACAGAGGAGAUGCUGAAGGUGGGAGCGUCUCUGACCGCCGUGGGCGAGCUCAUCCUGGACACAGACCGCCUCCCGAAACUCCGUCCACCCACUGACGGCUCAGAAUACUUCCUGAGCACAGAGGACUUUGAGACCCUGCGACUGGAGCAGGAAGGCCAGGCGGAGGUGUGGAGGGUACUGGCAUGUGUUUGCGCCUUGGCGGGCAUGGCCGUGAUGCUGUGGGCAGGCCACAGGUACUACCGGCACCUGAAGCUGCGGUGGGAACAGGAGAAGAUGAGGAGGGAGUUUGAGUUGAUGGGUGCAGGAGAAAGAGGGGCGGAGGAAAAUGGAGUGGAUGAUACAGAGAACGCGUGUGUUAUAUGCUUGAGUAAUCCCAGAAGCUGCGUAUUGCUGGACUGUGGACAUGUGUGCUGCUGUUAUCGCUGCUAUCAGGCCUUGCCACAACCCAACUGCCCCAUCUGCAGACAGAACAUCAGUCGUGUGGUGCCUUUAUACCAGGCCUGAAUAUCUAAUAAGAUGUAAUGAACCUCAGUUCCAAGCCUAUCAGAGAACUUCUAAGCAAGUUUCAAACAGUUUACUUGGGCAAAGAGAUGAUUUAACAGUAUAUAAAUGGACACAGUUGGAUUUAGACCAUUGUGGCUGAUCUAUAACAGCUUGUAGAAACAGCCUUAAACUUCAAAACAGUUUUGUAAACUUUAAAACCUGCAGUAAGCUGGAGACCUGGAAAUAAGCAAACAAUAGAUCCUAAUAUGGACUUAGACUCUCAAACUUAAAAACUGCAGGAUUGUGAAGGCUAACUGGAAAUAGUUGCAAGAGACAUUUAAAGGGAUAGUUCACCCAAAAAUUUAUAUUCUGUCAUUAUUUACUCACCCUCACUUAGUUUCAAACCUGCAUGACUUUCCUUCCUCUGUGAGUUAUUUGGCAGAAUGAAAGCAGCUAGUCACCAUUAACUUUCAUUGUAUGGAAAUAGAUGCAAUGAAAGUGAACGGUGACUGAGGCUUUCAGUCCCUAAAAUUCUGCUUAACAUCUCAAUGUGUGUUCCAUGAAAGAAUGAAAGUCAGAUGGGUUUGGAACAACAUGAGAGUAAAUGAUUGCAGAGUCUUUUUUGGUUAGAUUAUAGAUGUGACAGAGAAGUCUGUGGUGCAAUCAUAUUCUUAAUAUUCAACAUAUUAAAUUUUGUGUUAAAGAGGAUAUUUUGUAAUAACAUAUUCGCACUGGUUUAGUAGUUUGACAGGAAAGGUCAUGUUUCUCCAAACUUAAAGCUAUAAUAUCAGUGCCAGUAUAAAUCUCACUGUGACUCUGUCCACACUAGUAAGCCUCAUGAGCUGAGUAUAUGAAUGGAAUAUUCAUAGUUUCUUUGACUUCCUAUUUAUGGAAUGUAUUUAUCAAAUGGUUAGUCUGUUUAAAUGAGUUGAGGUGGUUGUUUUGUGUGAAAUGACUUUGUGAGAUCAGCAGGUGGCUUAUACACUGUAAGGCACAGUGUUUUUCUUGUUUCUGCUGUUGUACUGGUCAACCUGAUGUUCUGUUAUACAAAAACACAUAACAGAUGCAACUAGAAAUUAAAUUUUUAAUAUAAGCGUAGUGCCUUAAUUUGAGUGAAAGCACUGGGUUUAUGUAACAUGUUUUUGAUUUCUUUUCCUUCAGAUGUUAAGCUUAACAUUUAAAGUUUUGGGAAUCUUUUUGGCCAAUAAACACUACUGCUGUUUA